AUGUCUCAAUAUAAAGAACAAUCUCGCACACCAUCCUCCCUUAAUGAUGACGAGCUGGAUUUAGUUUUCCAAUUUAUAAAUGUUUUAGAUGUGAAAGUGCUUAAUACUCUCACUCUGGUCAAUAAGAGAUUCUUCUCCCUUGCUUCUUCCGAUAGAUAUUGGACAGAAUUCGAUAACAAAUUAAAUCUCCAACAUUCCAAUCCAAAAUCUAAACGUACACAAAUUGUCAAACACAAGAGGAUGAAUGAACAUGUUGGUGAUAUUUGUAGGGUUAAAACAUUCUACAAUGGAUUUGCUCUCUUACUUUUUGGUUUUCUGUUAAAUAUUGCUGCUUUUGGUAUGGCAAUACUAUGGUAUCUAAUUGAAGAUGUAUGGAAAGCAGCUGAUUGUCAUCAAUAUUCCAUUUCCAACUCUACAGAAAUAAUCUAUAAUACCAUUCCAUUUCCAAACACAACUUGCAUUCCAUGUGAAAAGGGUUUGGCCAUGUGUGAUUUUAAAAAUUCAUUCUAUCCAUGUUGUAUCGAAAUAUCUAAAUGUACCUACGAUAAAAUCCCAACAGAUUCAUUCAAAUUGACUAUUGAAGUAAGGACUGAAAUAACCAUGCACUCUGAUGGCUACAAAUUCAUUCGACCAACUCAAUACAAAUGUGGAGGUGAGGAUGGCCCAUGUAACCCAUUAGAAUACGAACACAGACACUUUAUCUGCUAUUAUGAUAGAAAUGGAAUCCUCACAACACAAGUUGAGUGGACAUUAGAACCAAUUGGCUUAACAUCUGCAAUAGGUGGUGUUGGGAUCUUUUUAUGUAUGUUUAGUGCCAUACUGAUGAUAAAAUCUCUCAUUGGAGGAUUAUUUCUCUAUUGUAUUGUAGAGAUAGGAUUGGCAGAAGAGAAUUUGAAUGAAAAUAUUCUAAUCUAUAGUUCAAAAGAUCUACUUGUCAGCAAGCUUCUCCUCUUCACUGGUUUACACCGUAGACAAAGGAAGAAGGAUAGACUUUUUAUAACUAAUCAAGUUGAUGUAGUGUAA